AUGAAUGAGAAUGAUGAGAAUGGUCCGUCGACCCGAGUCACCCGGGCCAAGGCUGCCCUCACGAAGGGGGAUGCUCCAGCUGCCACGGCCGCCAAGAAGCCUCUUCAGAGCAAGAAGGCUGCCACCACUACAACCGUCAACGGAACUCAGCGACGACGCGCUGCUCUUGGCGAUGUGAGCAACGUUACCAAGGGUGAGGCUGGUGAAGUCAAGGAAGCAAAGAAGCCGGCAGCCACCAAGGUUGGCUUGACUUCGAAGGCUACUAUUCAACCAGGAGGUGUUCAGAAGCUCUCCCGCAGCAACACAUCACGAACUACCUUGGGGGCCAAGGAUGCCAACACAAAGAAGCCCCAGACCGAAGUUAAGCGUCCGGGAAGCGGGUCAGGAAUUGGCAGUACACAGAAGAAGCGAACUCAGAAGUCGAUACAAGAAAAGCCGUUGGCCGAUGAGCCCCCACGCAAGAAGCUCGAUGUCGCGGAGAAGCUCGCCGAAAAGGCUGCUCCUGCCCCGAAGCCCGCCCCAGUGAAGGAUGAGGUGUCAGUCCCUGCGGAACCAGAGAUUAUCAAGAAGCCAAUCGAAGAUGAGGUUGAAGACCUGGAUACGGAAGACUUGGACGAUCCUUUGAUGGCUGCUGAGUACGUCGUCGAAAUCUUUGAUUACCUGAAGGACCUCGAAAUGGAAACCAUGCCAAACCCUCAAUACAUUGAUCACCAACCGGACUUGGAAUGGAAGAUGCGUGGUAUCCUGGUUGACUGGCUCAUUGAGGUUCACACCCGCUUCCGCCUCCUCCCCGAGACUCUUUUCCUCGCCGUCAACAUCAUCGAUCGUUUCCUUUCUGCCGAGGUCGUUGCUCUGGAUCGUUUGCAAUUGGUCGGCGUGACUGCCAUGUUCAUUGCCUCCAAGUACGAAGAGGUUCUUUCGCCUCACGUCGCCAACUUCAGCCACGUCGCCGACGAGACCUUUACCGAUAAAGAAAUCUUGGAUGCUGAGCGUCAUGUCCUCGCUACCCUCGAGUACAACAUGAGUUUCCCUAACCCCAUGAACUUCUUGCGACGAAUCUCCAAGGCGGACAACUACGACAUUCAGGCCCGAACCCUUGGCAAAUAUCUUAUGGAAAUCAGCCUGCUGGAUCACCGAUUUAUGAGCUUCCCCCAGAGCCAUGUGUCUGCUGCGGCCAUGUACCUUGCCCGUCUCAUUCUGGGACGUGGGCCUUGGGAUGCCACUCUAGCUCAUUAUGCUGGAUACACUGAGGACGAGAUUGAACCUGUUUUCCGAUUGAUGGUCGAUUAUCUUCACGGCCCCGUUUUGCACGAAGCAUUCUUCAAGAAAUAUGCCAGCAAGAAGUUCCUAAAGGCCUCCAUCCUCACCCGCCAAUGGGCCAAAAAGUAUCACCACUUGUACAUCGACGGCUCCCUGUCGGAACCCUACAGCUAUAUCAAGGAUGGCCAAUAA